AUGCGCCUUCUAAAGGCUGAAGCUGAUGGUCGUGUCGUCUUAACAGAAUGUUUUCCGCCAAACAUACCCAAAUAUGCGAUCCUGUCUCACACUUGGGGCCCCCCAGACCAAGAGGUCACCUUCCAAGACAUCAGCGAUGGUACAGCGGCGAGCAAGAGGCAAACCGCCGCUGACGGUUUGCAGUACUUCUGGAUAGACACGUGCUGCAUUGACAAGACGAGCUCAGCUGAGUUGACCGAAGCGAUCAACUCCAUGUUCGAAUGGUACAGAGAAGCGCAACAUUGUUACGUGUACCUGUCAGACGUCUCAACUGCAACCGACGACGGUAGGCAGGCCGAUUCUGUUUUACGGCUCUGGGAUGCUCAGUUCCGCAAGAGUAACUGGUUUAAGCGCGGAUGGACGCUUCAGGAACUUCUUGCCCCUGGAUCAGUCAAGUUCUUCUCCGUACAAGGCGACAUUCUAGGGAACAGGAUGUCUUUGAAGAAUGCCAUCCAUACUGUGACUAACAUUGAGGUGUCUGCACUUGAUGGUCGUCCGCUCUACGACUUCCCUGUGCACAAGAGAUUGCAAUGGUCGAGCAGUCGCACGACCACGAAAGAAGAAGAUGCGGCUUACUGCCUGCUUGGGAUCUUUGGCGUCUACCUUCCACUCAUCUACGGAGAAGGGAAGACGAGUGCAAUGAACCGAAUG